GAUUGCUUUUCAUCCAUGAGAGGAUAAAUCCCGGAUACUCCCUAUUAGUCAGACAGAACUGAAGAAGCCUUUCGGAUGAGAGGUGAAACGUCUUCAAGCAAGUCCAGUUGCUCUCUUUUACCACCCACAGUUUACUAUGACCUGAGAAUCUUCACAGACGUGUUUCUCUCUAGGCUGUUUUUGAUGAGACACACUUGAGCGAGACACAAUUCACAUCCAUUUCACACAUCUGAAAAACCAGUAACUAAAAUAUAAAGUGUCAUUUGUACUGUAAGCCUCCAGUAGACUUUCAGUUUCAAGUAUUAAUGCUGUCUCUUCAGGACUUAGGUUUGAAUCCCCAUAAAGGUUGAAUAAGAUGGCACACUUGGACCUGGGAAAUGUAGUGCUUCGGCGGAUGAAAGAGGAGGAUAUUGAGGCUGUAAAGGCUCUUAUCAAGCAAGGAUGUGAAGGGAUGGAGAACCGGCUCAUCCUGCACCUCCUUACGAGACCACUGGCGGUCCUGCUGCUUGCCACAGUCUCUUCUGUGCUCCGUUUUGUAGUGCACUCUUUUAUGCUAGCCCUUUUCAUCCCUGUUUUCCUUCUCAUCAUAUACCUCAAGCUCACCAUCCCACGGUCCAUGGGCAUCCUGGGCUCCAGCAGACCCUACUGGGACUAUCUGGGCAGCAGCUACCAUGCUAGGUCCGAACCAGACCUACCGAACCCGCAUGCCACCAAAGCCAAGCUCGUGACUGACCAGGAGAAAGCCAAACGUCGGAAGAAAGCCAAAGAGAAGUAUAAGAGCAAAGAGGCAGAGAAAGCGAAGGCUGAAGACAAGGAGAAGGUGGAUGAAGAUGAUCUAAAGGAGCGGGCACGUGUUGCAGGGGAGGUGUGGGUCGCAGAGAGCGAUGGUGAAGUGCUUGGUUGCGUUGCCCGAGAUGGUUGGAGCCGGCAUGGUGUGUACCGUAUCUGUAGGCUGGUAGUGCAGAGCUGGUACCGGAGAGAAGGGCUUGGCAGGCUGCUGGUCCAGAGCCUGGAGUCUAGAGCCAAACAGAGCAGAGUGCACAGGGUCUAUGCCCAUGUGCCCUUCCCCUCCAAAGUAGGAGAGGCAUUCUUCAGAAAACUGGGCUACCGGCUCCAGGGAGAGACGUCUGGGGUGGAAGGUGAAGAGGAGGAGGAGGAUUACGAGGAGCCAGGAAAAGGCUGGUUGGGCUUCCCAGUGACAAAGGUGUUUGUUAAAGACUUGUGAAUGGGCACUUUUUUUGUAACUACAGCCUGAAAUCGUAAAAUAGUCAAAUAAUUUGUGACAUUACUGACGUAAUUUCUGAAAUUCUAUAAACUCACUACAGUGAGUGAAACCCACAAGUUCAUUUAAAAUUACAACGUUUAUUUAUAUUGGUUAUU